AUGAGACAAAAGUCACCUUUAAAAAGAAAAAAAGGAAAUGAAAAGAAGAUAUCAACAACGUCACAAACUAACAAGAAUGAAACCCCAAAGAGAAGAAAUUCAAACAAAACAAGUGAGUCGAAUGACUCUUCGUCCACAUCGACUACUUCAACAUUCAAAGUUAAUGGAUCGAGUGCUAACAAUAAUCAAGAGUCAACAAGUCAGACCAAUCCAGUUCAUUCAAGCAAAAAACAAGCAAACUCUACCACCAACCCCACCAACCCCUCAAAAUCAACCUCAAAUAAGGAAUCUAAUCCAAAGCAACAAAAAUUGAUUUUGGAUUUUUUCAAGUAG